CAGUGCCCCACUCCCGGGCAGCUCCAUUUUUCCUUUUUUUUCAAAUUCUAUUUAAAUUUAAAUUUUAUUCGCAGGCCUCGAGGAGGGACCGGCGGCACCGCGGGGACCCUGCCCGGAACCCGAUGAGAGCAGCUCCGACCCUGUCCCCGCCGAUGUCCGGAGCUCCCGCACCCGAGACCCGCCUGUGACACGUGUGACACGCCUGUGACACGCCUGUGACACGCCUGUGACACGUGUGACACGCCUGUCCCCGCCCGCAGCCCUGCCCAGCCCGCGCCGCUUCGCCCACGCCUGGGGCCCGCUGCAAGGCAGGACAUGGACUCCAUGUUCGAGGACGACAUCAGCAUCCUGACGCAGGAGGCGCUGGGGCCGGACGAGGACUGGCUGGACAGCCCCAACACCGACCUGUCGGGGGAGAUGUGCUCGGCCUCGCACUUCGCCCUCAUCACCGCCUACGACGACAUCAAGAACCGCCUGACGGGUGGAGAGGGAGACUCCACCCUCAAGCGCCGCCUCAAGAUGUACGAGGUCAAGCACCCCCUGAUCGGUGAGUUCGGAGAGGAGCACAUCUUCUCCCUCUACGAGGCCAAGGAGAACUCGCUGCUCAAGAGCGAGAAGGCGUCGCUGCAGCAGCAGCUCAACCAGUUCCAGCACGAGCUGCAGAAGAGCAAAGAGCGGGAGGAGCAGCUGGAGGAGAUGAUCCAGGCGUACGAGAAGCUGUGCGUGGAGAAGGCGGACCUGGAGACCGAGCUGGGAGAGAUGCGGGCGCUGGUGGAGACGCACCUGAGCCGCAUCCGGAGCUUGGAGCAGCAGCUGCGGCAGCGCGACAGCGGCGCCUUCCCCGGGCUGGGCUCCCCGGACGUGCCUUUCAUGGCCCUGCACCCCAACCCCGGCCUGAGCCACGUGCUGGAGCGAGCCGCGGGCUGGCAGAGCCGCGGGCUGGAGGCCGAGCUGGAGGCGGCGCGCCAGGAGAACCAGCGCGCCCAGCACCGCGAGGAGCAGCUCAAGGCCGAGUGCGAGAGGCUGCAGCAGGAGCUGAAGCACCUGCAGGACAGCCGGGAGCAGGAGCAGUCGGAGCGGGACAUGGCCUGGGUGAAGAAGGUGGGCGAUGACCAGGUAAACCUGGCUCUGGCGUACACGGAGCUGACGGAGGAGCUGUGCCGGCUGCGGAACCUGAGCUCCCUGCAGAGCCAGAUCCUGCGGGAGCUGCUGCAGGAAAAGAGCCCCAACGGCGGCCAGCGCCACUCUCCGCUGUCCCAGUGCCACUCUCCGCUGUCCCAGUGCCACUCUCCGCUGUCCCAGUGCCACUCGCCACUGUCCCAGUGCCACUCGCCACUGUCCCAGUGCCACUCGCCACUCUCGCAGUGCCACUCGCCAGCCCAGCAGCGCCGCUCGCCCGCCCCUCAGUGCCCAUCCCCGGUUGCCCCGGGCCGCCCGCAGUGCCAAUCCCCCGCCGUCCAGCGCCGCUCUCCGGGCCCCCCGAGCCAAUCUCCAGCCCAGCAGCGCCGCUCGCCAGCCCCCGGCCCUUGCCAGUCGCCAGCCCAGCAGCGCCGCUCGCCCGUGCCCCCCAGCCAGUCGCCAGCCCAGCAGCGCCGCUCGCCAGCUCCGCCACCUCCUCCCUGCCCGUCUCCCACCUCGGCAUCCCCGCACCGCCUGCCCGGCGAGAGGAUGGAGCUGCCUUACGCCAAACCCUCCAGCCGCCACAUCAAGGCCGGCUUCCAAGGUCGCCGCAGUUACUCCGAGGUGACCAACGUGGCUCUGUACCAGCAGAGCCGCUCGCUCUGGCUGCAGCCCGAGGCCUCCACGCUGCCCAAGCACCGACCCUACGGCGAGGUUUAUUUGGGAGGGGGCGCCGGGGCUCCUCUGAGCGCUCACGAACCUUUCGAGGAGCACGUUCGCUUCGAGAAGCAAUCGUCCGAUGAGGAGGAGUGGGCGCUGCCCAGCCCGCCCAGCCCCGAGGCCGGGGCCAUUCGCUGCGCUUCGUUCUGUGCCGGAUUCCCCGUGCCCGACGGAGAUGCCCUGAACAGAACCGCGGCUGCUUAUGCCAGGGCUGAGCACGCCCAGUCCUGGCCUUCCAUCAAUCUGCUGCUGGAGACGGUGGAUUCGGAGGUGCGGAGCUGCCCCCUGUGCCAGCUCGCCUUCCCCAUCGGCUACCCGGACGAUGCGCUGGUCAAACACAUCGAUUCUCACCUGGAGAACAGCAAGAUCUGAGCCUUGCCCACCUUCCCCGACCUUUGGAUGCUGCAUGGAAAACACAGCGGGAGCGCCCGGCUCCCGGAAUACCUCCAAGUCUUCAGUAGCUACGGAAAAACUGAGCCCCCUCUCCUCUCCUCACCUCCCCAGCGCUCCCCAGAGCCCCCCGGAGCCCCCCCGAGCUCCUCGGAGCGGGUUCGCCCCCUCCUCACCCCCCAGGUUUGGAUGUUCGGGGUGCCAGGAUCGCGCUGGGUUUGUGUCCCUGGUGUCACCCGCGAGUGUCGCUGUUUGAUCUCAGGGAGGAUCCUUGGGGAGGGGGCGGUGGGGUCGGAG